GUGAUAAAGCUGACAGAAUGAAAGACUCCACUAAUCCCUCAUGCUGUAACCUCUUGUACCGAGGAUUAAGACCGUUUUGAUCUCACUGUUGAGUAACGAACUGCUCUGUCUGCAGGUUCACUCUUACUCUCUUUCAGUCAGCUGUGAGAUUAGUCAGUCCCUUCAAUGAGCCGCUGAGUUCCCAGGGAGUGGAGCAGACCUCUUCAGAGGACCAACAUGAGUGAGAACACCCAGGAUGAAGAGGUGCUGAAGCAGAUUGAGAGGGAGGUACGGAUGCAGGAGGGGGCCAGAAAGCUGCUGGCAGCUUGUUCCAGGAGAGAGCAGGCCCUGGAGGCCUCCAAGAGCCUGCUGACCUAUAAUGCCCGCAUUCUGGCCCUGCUCAGCCAACUUCAGGGGAUGAGGAAAGCUCAGAUCCUACAGAGAGCUGGAUGCAGGCCAUCUGAAGAUAUAGUGCCAUGUUUGGGAAAAAUAGCCCUGUCAGACCUGCGAAUCCCACUAAUGUGGAAAGAUUCAGAGUACUUCAAAAACAAAGGAGAUCUACAUCGCUGUGCUGUGUUCUGCUUGUUCCAGUGUGGCACAGAGAUCCAUGACACUGACCUGGUGAUGGUAGACAGGACUUUAACUGACAUCUGUUUUGAGGACACUGUCAUAUUCAAUGAGGUAGGUCCUGAGUUUCAGCUGCGUGUUGAGCUGUACAGCACUUCUACAGAGGAGGAUUCCUCCCCUGGAGCUCUAGGAGCCAGGAGAAUGAGCCGACUGGGGGGCUCCCUGGGACGCUCCUCUGGGAAGAAGAUCCGUGCUGCGUUUGAGUCUGCAGCCGUUUGUGGAUCCAUCUCCAGUGGAGAAGAUGCAGGACCUGAAAGUGUGUCAUUGCCUUCCUCUCCUACACUGGGGCCUAAAUAUAACCUGCUGGCUCACACAACACUGAGAAUUGAACAUGUCCAGGAGGGUUUCAAGACGCAUGAUUUGUCAUUAGCAGCAACUGAGGAUAGUACAUUCUGGUUGCCUCUGUAUGGCAAUAUGUGCUGCCGCCUGGUUGCUCAGCCUCUGUGCAUGAUUCAGCCAGUUAGAAGUGGCCAACUCAAGGUUAAGCUUGAAGAGGACCUUAAUUGCUGGCAAAAUGUCCACGGCGUCCUCAGGGGACAAAGUCUUCUCUGCUAUCAAAGUGAAGAUGACCUGGAGUCUGAGAACAAACCAUUACUUGUAAUCCCCAUCAAAAAGGAUACCCUCAUCUGUGUGUCAGAGAGGGAUCCUGUAAACUGCCAGAGCAUAUACAUCAGUACCCAGCAUCAAGAAGAGGACGUGACCUACACGCUGUCCACGCACACACCUGAAGACACGCAGCACUGGACUGAGGCCCUCUGGGAGCACGUCUAUAACAUGAGCCAGUGGAAGCAGUGUUGUGAUCACCUCAUGAAGAUUGAAAUGCUGAGCUCCAGGAAGCCCACCACAGUGAAGCAGGGGUCGCUAUACCAUGAAAUGGUAACACCCUCCUCCCCCAGGGAGGGUCUCGUGCUUCCCGAUUUAUCUGAUGAGAUCCGUACUUUGCUCUCUUCCUACUACAAGGAAAGGUAUGACUGACUGGCACAGCUGCGCUGGAGGAGUUGGACCUGUCCUUAUUCUGUCCAUUUGUGCUUACCACACCUGGUCGAUGAAAUGGAUACGGACACGAAAAAUGGUGCUGUUUCCAAAUCAAAUAUGGGACACAUCUUUCUACGCAAUGUUCUACCUCUCUUGUAUGAAUGUUAUAGACAUACUAAACAGGAUUUGUCGGUUACUGUUUACACCAUACACCAUUUAAAGGUGUGUUUACCAAUUAAGUAAUUGUGUUGAAAGAUCGCUGUGCCUCAUUACCAAAUCAUCAGAUGCCGAUACCAGCUUCUAUUUUACUAUUCUGUCGACCAUUAAGUACACUGAUGAUGAUUAUCGAUUGAUCAUUUUGAAAGACGCCUAUAAUGACAACCUGGAGGCUAUACUGUGGCUAAGGUUUUGCUCAUUAGAGUCUCAAGCAUAUGAUAGACAACACAUGAGUAAAAGUUUGCUAAUACAAGCAUUUUAUCUUUUGUGAUGCCCUUAAAGGUUUGUUCGCAUCUAUGUUGCAAUAAAAUAUCAAUAUUUUCAACUAUGAUCAAUUCAGUUGUUUAGCUUUCUGUGACAGCCAGACUUUCAUACUGAAACCACAGAAGCAGUCUGUCCUGCUACCGAUCUGUUGAGUCAUGAUCCAGAUAUUCCCAGAAGAAAACCUUUUUCAGUCUAACAGCAUCCCUUGUUCAUCACUGGGUUCUUGCCAUAUGGUCACACCUCCUGGAAGCCAUUUAAAGCCGGUAAACUAAACGUGACCUUCUGGGGCUUGGCUGACACACACACACACACACACAC